UAAGGAUAACCACAGUCGCGAGGACCGUGAAAGGACACGAUCCGGGGAGAGAACGACUUUUUAAAAAUUCGUAUUAUUUUAUACACAUCGGAGAUUGUCAGACCUCCGUGCACGUGAGCGUGUGCAUGUGUGCGUUUUGUCGGACUGGAUGAAAAUGAUGCAAAGUGCGGCUGUGUUGCCCAGCGAGAGCGCGGUGAAGGGUUUGCCGGACAUUCUCGGAGUGCCACUGCAACAGAUUCCCCAGUGUGCAGGCUGCAGUCAACACAUCCUCGAUAAGUUUAUUUUGAAGGUGUUGGAUCGUCAGUGGCACUCGAAGUGUCUCAAGUGCGCCGACUGUCACGCGCUCCUGACAGACAAGUGUUUCUCGCGCGCGGGAAAUGUCUACUGCAAAGAGGAUUUCUUCAAGCGUUUCGGGACGAAAUGUGCAUCAUGCCAGCAGGGGAUCCCACCUACACAGGUGGUUCGGAAAGCUCAAGACUUUGUGUACCACCUCCAUUGCUUUGCCUGUGUAAUGUGCAGCAGACAACUGGCCACUGGAGAUGAGUUCUACCUCAUGGAGGACGGGAGGCUCGUGUGCAAGGAGGACUAUGAAACAGCCAAACAAAACGAUGAUUCUGAGACAGGAGCAAAACGUCCACGGACCACCAUCACAGCCAAACAGCUGGAGACGCUCAAAAGUGCUUACAAAAAUUCACCGAAGCCAGCACGACAUGUGCGCGAGCAGCUCUCAUCAGAAACGGGUUUGGACAUGAGAGUGGUGCAGGUGUGGUUUCAAAACAGGCGAGCGAAAGAGAAACGUUUAAAGAAAGAUGCUGGGCGACACCGCUGGGGCCAGUUCUACAAAAGUGUCAAACGCAGUCGAGGGUCCAGUAAGACGGAGAAGGAGAGUUCAGCAGAUGAUGCAGGACUUAGCGAUAGUGAGCUUAGUUUCAGAGAAGACCAGAUCCUGUCAGACCUGGGCCACGCAAACAGCUUGUACGGAAGCGUAGGAGACAUCACAAAUGGCAACAUGCUAAACGGGAUCUAUUCCCUGGAGGGGGGUGGACAGCCUUACCACGACCUGCGGGCAGGAAGUCCCUACGGCCUGCCACAGUCCCCCUCAUCCAUCACCUCCCUACCAGGCCACACCCCACUGCUCAACAACUUAGGCUUCAACAUGGACAGCAUAAUGGGUCAGGGUGGUCAGCCUAAUGUAGGUCAAGCUCUGAGAGCCAUGGCUGGGGCACCCACCUCUGACCUUUCAACAGGCAGCAGCACGGGCUACCCAGACUUCCCCACCAGCCCGGCUUCAUGGCUUGAUGAAAUGGACCACUCCCAGUUCUGAGGUCAAAGGUUAAAGGUCAUAAUGGCAAGUGUGGUGCUAAGGACAGAUUUUAUAAACAUCUUUCCCUGAACUGGCAAUGUUUGGGUUACAAAUGCAUUUGGUAUGCCCCAAUAUUAAUUCAGCAUUCAACAAGUGUCUUAAGGCCAAUUCACAUUUCCCCAACAAACUCCAACAUUCUAAAGUUGCUAGUUGGAUGCAGUUGGAUUUAAAAUGUUGAGAAGAAUAACUGUCAUUGUCAAACUACCCCAACAAACACCAACUAGUUGAACAUGUUUGUUGGUGCAGUGUGAGUUUGCCUUUAAACAUCGCCAACUUUAUCAUGGCAGUGUGACCUUGGCCCCGCUGAAUGGAACACUAAUAUAACAACUGAGCAACCCACCAUGGAAAGUCUGCACUGUAUCAUAAUUUUGUAAUUCAUAUUUUUUCAUUUGUUCUCAAAACUGGAUUGGACGAUUUCCAGCAUGAAAUGAUGUGCAGCUGAGAAUGGCGUUGAACUUCAAACCUCAAACCUCCCCCUUCAGCAAUACUGGGAAAAACAAUCAAGAUCAGCCACAUUUUUGGGAAUGUAGGGCCCAUGCAUGUUCCAAAUGAGGAAGAGAUCCAUCCAUGUUAAGAGCCUUCAAAAUGGCAAUGCACUUUAUGUUCCUCCUCGACUGCACAUGGCAGGCUGAACACAGGAAAGAGAGGAGUGCACCAAGCAAGGAGAGACUGUAUUUAAACAAGUGGCACAAGUGUAACUUUCCUGCUUACAAGGGUUUGGGAUUUUCAUGGUUUUGAAUGACUCAGUUUCUAAAAAGCUCUACUAGAAAUGACCCUUCACAUUAGCAGCAUCAGAACAAUAGAUCAAGAUUAUUUUUCAAUAAAGAUAAAUCCGCAUGCACUGCUCUGAAUAUUCAUAGAUAUUUCUCUUUCAAUGGCCCAUGUUAGUUCUAUGCUUUUUCAUUACAUAACAUGGCCAGACUAUGAAAAAGAGGGUUGACUUAACAAGGAAACAAAAGUUGUUAACAGAAUACAACAUUCAAUUUUACGCUAAUACACAGUGUCCUAAACCAGACGUGAUGCAAUAAGAAGUGUGCAGCAAGAGGUUUUGUGCCACCCAGUGCAACCAAAUGGAAACCAAAUGGCUGCAAAUGUCCUGUUGCAACUAGUUAGAACAAAAACUCAGAUAUAGAUGGAAGAGAUAGCUUUUAUCACUUUAUUUUGUUUACAUAUUGUUGCUUUAUCGCAUCAUGCCUGGUUAGAACAUGGUGUUAAAUGAUUACAAAAUUAAAGGGUUAAAAUGGACACUUAUUUCCAAUGUUAAAUUUGGUUAUCAGUUCUUCAGAAGAACCAUCUAAAUACCUGUUUCUUAAUGCCAUUAGAGGAAACACACUGAUAUCACAGAUAAAUUAGAAUAAAAGUAAUUUAUUUCAGGGCAGAUAAAAGCAGUGGAUUUUGUGACCCUUAAAAGGAUAGUACUCACAAAAAUGAAAAUUCUCUCACCAUUUACACACCCUCAUGA